AUGACUACAGGACUUCUCUGGGUGACAAUGCAGCCUAAGGGCUCAUUGCCCGACACUCAGUUCCACGACUGGUACAACACUGAACAUGGUCCUUUGCGCCUGCGUCUCCCUUUCAUCACUAAUGGAUUCCGUUUCCGUGCCACCGACGGCGAGACUCCUGAAUAUGUUGCGCUUUACGAUAUUACCGAUAUGGACGAGUUGACUCGCAAGACCUACCUGGAUCUGCGCACAGAUUUGAUCAAGACUGAACGUGAGAAGAACACUAUGGCUCAGAUUGAUGUUGGUCGCAAGCUGUACGAUCUGGUGGAGGAGCGGAGCCAGCCCAACUACCGCCAGUUGGAGGACCAAGCCGAUACCGAUCCCGAGACCCGCGGCAGCGUUAUGGUCGCUGUUACUACAACCACCCACCCCGAGAAGGAAGACGAGCACGACCGCUGGAACCGUGAGGAACACUUUGACAUGCUUGCCCGCGUGCCGGGAUGGCGUCGCAGCCGUCUCUUCCGCACUGCUGCCAUUGACUCAGCCGCGCCCCGGGAGACCCUUGCUCUGCACGAGUACUCCCCCGUUAACGGACUCGGUGGUGAGCUUCACCAGGCUGCUAUGAGCACCCCCUGGCGCCAGCGCCUCCAGGAGGAGGCCGUUACUUCCAAGUUGCGUCGUGUCUACCAGUGGUACUACACCUUCGGUCCUGCUCCCCGUGAGCUUUCCUCCCUUGCCAAGUCCGAUGUUAUCGGUCCCUGGUCUUCCAACGAUGGUCGCACUCGUACCUUCCCCUCUGAGACCCGCCCAGCCGUCGAGUCCUACGUCACAACCAAGGACGGCGUUGAGAUUCCUUACCGCUUGGAGGGCAGCCUUGACCCCGAAGCCCCUGUCGUUGUUCUCAGCAACUCCAUCCUUGUGAAUUGGAACAUCUGGGACCGAUUCGUCGAGGCGUUCCUCGCCCGCAAGGAGAACCAGAAGUACCGUGUUGUUCGCUACCUGACUCGCGGUCGUCGCUCUGCCAGCGGCGAGCAGCCCGUCAACGUUGACGUGUUGGCUUCCGACUUGAACACUCUUCUGGAGGCUCUGCGCGUUUCCCCCAAGGCCGCCCGUCUGAUCGGUGUCAGCCUUGGUGGUGUUACCGUCCUUAACACCUCUCUCCUCUUCCCUGAGCGCGUUGGUGCUUUCAUCGCCUGUGACACCAACUCCUCUGCUCCCGAGUCCAACCGCAAGGCCUGGGGCGAUCGUGUUGCUAUGUGCGAGCAGGAGGGCUCCGUCGACCCUGAGACCAACGAGCCCAUUGUCGGCGAGCAGUUGGCUGAGAUCACCACCCGACGCUGGUUCGUCCCCGAGUCUUACGAGACUCAGCCCGAGGUGCUGGCUCCUGUCAAGGAGGCUGUCCGCACUAACAGCCUUAAGGGCUUUGCGCACAGUGUCCAGGCUCUGUGUGCUUACGAUAUCCGUGACCGCAUGGCUCAGGCCACUGUUCCUGGUCUCUUUGUUGCCGGUGCCAAUGAUGGUGUCCUCCCCCAGACUAUGCAGAAGAUGGUCGCUGAUCUGAAGGCUCCUUCUGAGCUGAAGAUCGUUGACCGUGCUGGCCACCUGCCCAUGGUUGAGCAGCCCGAGGCUUUUGCUGAUGUCGUUACUGAGUACCUGAGCAAGGUUGAAGUCGAGCUGGCCUCGCAGUAG